AUGGCCCUUCUCCAUGAUCAAAACUACGUUAUAGCCCACCUCCGUGCCUCCUAUCUCCAGGCUUUUCCUGAUGGCAUUGGCAACCGCAUUAUCAACCCAAAUACUCACAUCUACUACACACGCUCUGACCCUCUUACUCGCCCAUCCCCAUCUGCUCCGGCCCCUAUUGGCGGUCUAGGUACCGGUUUUGGAAUCGGAGCUGGCUUGCAAUCAGUCGGUGUAGAUGCCCAGUCAAAUACAACUUCCACAGCCACGACUUUAGUAAGCGAUGCUAAUAAACCUAAUGAAACUACAGACUCAUCUACUGCUCAGCAGCAACCUCAUAUUGGCGAACCAAUUCUGGCCUCGCAGUCUAUCAUGCAACUUGUCUCUCCUAGUUCUCCACCUAUUCCUACUUCUACGUUGCGUGAUAUGUCGGCUCUCCAGCGCCGGAAACGCGCACUAAAUCGUGGUGGUGGCAUUUCUGCAUCUUUUGCAAACCGUGAAGUGACCACGCGUGUUUUCAGUGGUAUUGGAUCUUUUGAUCUUCCACAACAUGCUCGCAAAGAUGUCCGAUCCAGUAAGAAAAAGUCCAAGAGCAACUCCACAGGUGCUUCUUCAUCAACAGGGAAAAAAAAAGGCAAAAAGGGCCACAGCAGUAGCAGCACAAGCUCCAACAAUCGUCAAAAACUCCCAAACGUGACUAUCGUCCCAGUCAGCUCAAAUACUUCCAUAAAAGACACUUCUACUGACCUCGCCCAAGCAUAUACACUUUCACAAGCUGGUCUCAAGCCCCGUGCAUCCACUAUCCCACCUGAUGCUGUAGCAGCAUCCCAAUACCCAUAUACUGACUCUGCUCUAAUUGGAUCUCCAUCAACUACCACAAAACCUGGAGGCCUUUUCUCGCUGGACAGAGAAAGCAAUAGUUCCACAGAUACACUUCCCUUACUCACAAACAUUACACGCAACUCCAAAGAUCCAAAAACUGUUGGAAGUAACACCACCACCAUUAAAAAGAAAAAACGUGCACACUCGGCAGCUGCUGUAUCUUUUUUAACUGCAUCAUCUGUUGUCCCCACACGACCUCCUGUUACCAAAAAUGGCACACAAAGUAGGUUUAGCGGAUCUGCAAUUGAAGAAGCAAGCGAAGGUGAUGAUACAUUUGAAGGCGCAAAAAAUACAUCAGAAACAGAAGAUGGCGGUGAUUUAACAGACUCACGCGAAGGCGCCAAAACAGAUACAGAAGAAAAUAUUGCGCCUCCCGCUGCUAGUACCCCACGGAAACACAAGACUAGUGCAAGCAGUGAAAUCAGUACUGCAAGUACGACAAGUUCAAUGGCACCAGAAACUUCUACUGCUUUGGUAAAUACCAACAAGUACAAAAAGUUAAUGGCUGCUCUUCCUCCUGGAGUAACUCUAAGUGAACAACAGCAACAGCUUAUUGUUCGUCAUCACAGACUUCGUAAAAAACUUUUACGUCUACAACAACAGCUUACUCCUAGUGAACUUAGCCUUUAUAGAAAUGGCGAGCUGACUGAGUCUCAGCUUCGUAUUAUUUAUAUGCGCCACAAGGCCAGUCGUCAUCAUCACCACCAUUCCCAGCAUACCGAUGGUACACAUAAUACCCCAGGCUCUUCUGCGUCUUCUGCACCAACCCAAAGCAAUGCAUCCUUUACUCCAGAUUCUCAGGAAAUUAUACCUUCAUCAGUUCCUGCUACUUCACAGCUUUCAUCUGCAAGACAUACACCACCCAUGCCUCGCAGUAGUAUCACUUCCAAUAUGCUGGCCCUCGGAAAAUCUACUGUUAUAAUAAAUGGUACCACCGCAGCCUCAGGACUUUCUAACCCACAGUCUGAAUCCGGAUCUCGAUCCGGGUCUGCUAGUGACUCGCAAAGGCCAAAAGUACGACUUCUUCAUCGCCAAAUGUCUUUAGGGAUUCCUCCAAAACCCAUUUAUUCUACAGCUUCCGUAUCAACUUCUUCUCUUUCUUCUCUUGCAUUAGGAACCACUUCUAAUAUUGAUACUCAAGCCACUGAUUUGACUUCUUCUCCAUUGGUGCGUCCAACAACUCCACCCCCAUCAGUAUCUAAGCCAGUAUCUGCACCAACUACACCUUCCAACUCGUCACCCAAUGGAAGCUUUACUCAAGUUCAAAUCCGCAAAAUGAGUGUAGGCACUAAUAUCCCUACAUCAUCAGCGGUGGCUGCUCUCAUCGCGAGAACAAGACAAACAGUGCAACAACAACAAGCCCAGUUACAGCGCCGUGCAUCUCGGUCCCAGACUAAUGCAUCAUUACCAGCUUAUUCUUUAGCCCAGACUGCUCCUUCCGCGCCCUCGUCGCCGAAAAAGAAACACAAGAAGAAAAAACAACAGUUAUUGUUACAGUUGCAACUUCAGCAGCAGCAUCAACUCCAGCUCCAACAACGCCUAGGGCUCUUGCCUUUGGAAGCUAAUGGAUCUCAGUCUGCUGAUCAAAGUGAUGCUGCUGCACUCAACUCUUCUGGGAUUGCGCUUACAAAUGCUUUGGGUUAUGCCAUUACUCCCAAUGGAAUAGCAGCGGCUGCUGCCGCUGUUGCGGCUACCUCGGGUACUGGCCGGAAACCUGAUGCAUUGCUUUCCAAGCUCUCGAAACUUGCAGCUGAAUCUUCAGCCAAUUUGGCUAAACAGUUGCAAAACGGUGCAGACGACAAGAAGAUUGAGUUUGGACAAGAACUUAAAACUUUACAACCGCCUAAUGCACCUCCUGAACUACCUCGCGGUAGAACACGCAACUUGAAUAAGGCAGGUACUGAAGAUUCGCUAUCAUCUUCAUCCUUAUCAAACAAAAAGAGCCCUAAAAAGGUCAAUCCUUUCCCCAAAAGAGAUCUCACAGCUCCGGUUCCCAAGUACAAUGAGAGUGAAACCAAUCUACCAGAACCUUGCAGCAAACUUACUUCUCAAAUCAAUGAAAAACGUGCUACUCUUGACGAUCCUCUUGAAGUCUACGUUGAAGCUUCUGGUAAAAGUGAGGCUCGUCCUCUUAAGCUUAAAAUGUACAUGCCUUCAAGUGAUCAGCCCCGUACUCCUUGGGAAGUUGUUGUGCGACGUGAUGUCAAUGUUGCUAAUGCCAUUGGCUUUGCCCUUUACUGCUACAAUAAUCCAUCACCGGGCCAAGUUGCCCGUACUCCUAAGUUGCCACCCAAUAUGUGUAAUGCCAACAAGUGGACGCUGAGAAUCGUUGAAGAUGAUGGUGAGCCUGAUGAAGAUUUUCCUGCACUUGACCGAACACGUCUUAUUUCUGCAUUUUCCUUUGAUGAGUUUGCGCUGGUUGAAGCUACCCCGAGCCAGGCUAUUGAAAACGAAAAGGCUACACCAUCUGUUCGCCGCAAAAAGAAUGAAUCUCAAAAUUCAGCAACUUCUUCAUCUACCUCUGUAGCUACCUCAGCUAAAACCACCCCUUCUAACCCUGAAGACUCGAACGAGAUUAAUACCACUCACAAAGCUGUUUUAAACAUUUACCAAUACCCUUAUGACGAUAUGGUGUCAUCAUUGUAUUGGACUGCUGAGGUUGAUAUGAGCGUAACAGUCGGCGAAGUUUUGUUUCAAAUUUGUAUUGAUAAGAAUCUGGAUCGUUCUCAGUAUGUACUCAAACAAGUUGGUCGCCGUCAUGUGUUACCCAUGAACUCUACAUUUUCCAGCAUCAAUUUGACAGAGUCUGAAGAUAGCGACGACGACAGCGAGUUUGGCGAUGGGUUCUUGGGUGAUAACGAUGACGAAGAAAGCCUGGGCAAUGGCGGGCUGUUGCUCAGUGAUGUCAUGGUAUUCAACAAGAAUGAACAGCGACGUCCGAGCAUUAUUGGUGCUAGUAAAAAGAAAACCCCACGGCAACCCAAGGAAGCUGCAAGUAAUGACAAGAUUGUGGCCCAUCAGCGGCGCCAAAUUGUGGCAAGCAACUUUGAAAUUACCCCCAAGCGUGUGAUUACAAUACUCAAUGGGUACCAUGAAGGUCCGUCUGAUUUACGCGCUGUUGCUGGCGAAUAUAUCGUGCCGCUCUCAACUUCACCAGAAUACUCGCGCCAUGAUUCCAGUGCUGUGGAUGAAGAUAGUACUGGCCAUGCAAAUAGUAAUAAUCGAAAUUCAUUAUACGGACGCAGAUCUUCAGUCACUUCCUUUUACCACCGCAAUUCGUCCGAAAACACAACAUCGUCCAGCAGACCCUCGUUCAGCGUGGCCAACAAUGGAACACUUGUUGAGGAAGGAGAAAACAAGACUUCAAACGGUGGAAUGGAUAAGGAUGCUGGUGGCGUUGCCUCGAAUCUCACUAACAAUGCAUCAACAACUAGUAUCGCACCGGCACAGGAUCUUGUGGCGCUCGGGCUCAUCAACACUAAUACGUCAACGUCAGCAGCACUUGCAGCGUCUGCAAGACAACGUUUGCGUGCAUCAAUUGUUCCCAAGUCUACAACUCUUGGUCGGUUGUCAAGACCAUCUUCUGGUCUUGGUCCCUCGUUUACCAAUGAUUUGCAUGGGGCAGCGGGAGGGUUUUACCGUUACAAGGUAUGGCGACGACAACCCAUGUCGUUUAUUGCACGUCAUGAGCGUGUGUUGACGAUUGACGGUGACUACAUCCAUUUGGUACCUGCAGAAGACCCUGCAUGGUACGAUAGUUUGAAGACUUCGAGUUUCCAUGUAUCGCAGAUGGUUAAGUGCAAAACUAGUCGCAAGGUACCGACAAACUUUAAGAUUGUGGUCAAUAAGAAUAAUGGAACUAAACGCUACGAUCUUGAGGCACCUACAAAGGAGUCUGCAGAAGAAAUUGUGACCCGAUUGAAAACAGUCUUUUCAAGAUACUUGCUCAAAACAAGCACGGGAGUUCCAGGGAGCUUGGGCGGCGUGCCGCAGGGGUCACUCAAUACGUUUGGAGGAAGUAGCUUAGGUGCGCAUGAUUUGUUGAAUGGCGCAGGAACACCUGCAGCAAAUAACAUUGGUGGGGUGGGUCCCGGAGAUCACACCGGAGCAGGACCGUGA